CGGAAGUUCGACUGUUGUUUAUCCGGCUCUGCAUCGUCUUGUCGUGUGAGCAACGAUGGCUAGCACUGGUGCAAAACAAGCGCCUAAAAUUGUCUCCAAAACUUCUGCGGGAGGCACCGGGGCGGCGGGGGCUAGUGGUGGGCCCCCGAUAAUGCCCCUCGCCUCUCCGCUCAUGGGGAAAAAGAAAAAGCCGUUUCUAGGGAUGCCUGCUCCGCUCGGUUACGUUCCCGGUCUCGGCAGAGGUGCCACCGGUUUCACCACCCGAUCUGAUAUCGGUCCUGCUCGUGAUGCCAAUGAUCCAGUGGAUGACCGGCAUGCACCCCCUGGAAAGAGGACGGUCGGGGACCAAAUGAAAAAGAACCAGGAUGAUGAUGAUGAAGAUCUGAAUGACACCAACUAUGAUGAGUUUAAUGGUUAUGCAGGUAGCUUGUUCUCAAGUGGGCCCUAUGAGAAAGAUGAUGAGGAAGCCGAUGCUAUAUAUGCAGCGCUGGACAAGAGGAUGGAUGAAAGACGCAAAGAAAGAAGGGAGCUGAGAGAAAAGGAGGAAAUUGAGAAAUACCGUAUGGAGCGGCCAAAGAUUCAGCAGCAGUUCUCAGAUUUAAAGAGGAAGCUUGCAGAGGUGUCAGAGGAGGAAUGGCUGAGCAUUCCUGAAGUGGGAGAUGCCAGAAACAAGCGCCAGAGGAAUCCCCGCUAUGAGAAGCUCACCCCUGUCCCCGACAGCUUCUUCUCCAAACACUUGCAGAGUGGAGAGAACCACACCUCUGUUGACCCGUUGCAAGGGCUGGGAGGUCUGAACACACCUUAUCCAGGAAGCAUGACACCUGGUCUGAUGACACCAGGGACCGGAGAACUGGAUAUGAGGAAAAUUGGUCAGGCCAGAAACACACUCAUGGAUAUGAGGCUCAGUCAGGUGUCUGACUCAGUGAGUGGACAAACAGUAGUGGAUCCCAAGGGUUACUUGACAGAUCUUAACUCUAUGAUCCCCACUUAUGGAGGAGACAUCAGUGACAUCAAGAAGGCUCGUCUGCUGCUGAAAUCAGUGAGGGAAACAAAUCCCCAUCACCCACCUGCCUGGAUUGCUUCUGCCAGGCUGGAGGAGGUGACUGGGAAGUUGCAGGUGGCCAGAAACCUGAUCAUGAAAGGCACAGAGAUGUGUCCGAAGAGUGAGGAUGUGUGGCUGGAGGCUGCCAGGCUCCAGCCUGGUGACACAGCUAAAGCGGUGGUAGCCCAGGCUGUCCGUCACCUUCCACAGUCUGUGCGCAUCUAUAUCCGAGCUGCAGAGCUGGAGACAGACGUCAGGGCUAAGAAACGAGUCCUCAGAAAGGCGCUGGAAAAUGUAUCCAAGUCAGUUCGACUGUGGAAGACAGCUGUUGAACUGGAGGAACCAGAGGAUGCUAGGAUCAUGCUCAGCAGAGCUGUGGAGUGUUGCCCUACAAGUGUGGAGCUCUGGCUGGCACUGGCCCGGUUAGAGACGUAUGAGAACGCUCGUCGUGUCCUGAACAAAGCUCGAGAGAAUAUCCCCACUGAUCGCCACAUCUGGAUCACUGCUGCGAAGCUGGAGGAGGCCAAUGGGAACACUCAGAUGGUCGAAAAGAUCAUUGACCGAGCCAUCACUUCUCUGCGUGCCAAUGGUGUGGAGAUCAACAGAGAACAGUGGAUACAGGACGCAGAGGAGUGUGACAAAGCAAGUAGUGUGGCUACCUGCCAGGCUGUGAUAAGGGCUGUCAUAGGGAUUGGAAUUGAGGAGGAGGACCGCAAACACACCUGGAUGGAAGAUGCCGAGAGUUGUGUGGCCCAUGGGGCGCUGGAGUGUGCCAGGGCCAUCUAUGCCCAUGCUCUCCAAGUAUUCCCAAGUAAAAAAAGUGUCUGGCUUAGAGCUGCCUACUUUGAGAAGAACCAUGGCACCAGAGAGUCCUUGGAGGCUUUACUUCAGAGGGCUGUGGCUCACUGCCCCAAAGCAGAGGUAUUGUGGCUAAUGGGUGCCAAGUCCAAGUGGCUUGCUGAGGAUGUGCCAGCAGCCAGAAGCAUCCUUGCUCUGGCCUUCCAGGCUAACCCAAACAGUGAAGAGAUCUGGCUUGCUGCUGUCAAACUGGAGUCGGAGAAUAAUGAGUAUGAAAGAGCCCGUCGACUGCUAGCCAAGGCCCGCAGCAGUGCACCAACAGCCAGGGUGUUUAUGAAGUCAGUGAAAUUGGAGUGGGUGUUGGGAAACAUAGAAGCUGCCCAGGAGUUGUGCACCGAGGCCCUGAAGCACUACGAGGACUUCCCUAAGCUUUGGAUGAUGCGAGGCCAAAUCGAGGAGCAAUGUGAAAAUAUGGAUAAAGCUAGAGAGGCCUAUAACCAAGGGUUAAAGAAGUGUCCCCACUCUGUGCCACUGUGGUUGUUGCUGUCACAUUUGGAAGAGAGAGUGGGACAGCUGACCAGAGCCAGAGCAAUCCUCGAGAAGGCGCGGCUCAAGAAUCCCCAGACCGCUGAGCUGUGGCUGGAGUCAGUCAGAUUGGAGUACAGGGCUGGACUGAAGAACAUUGCCAACACGCUGAUGGCCAAAGCCCUGCAGGAGUGCCCAAAUUCAGGUAUCCUGUGGGCUGAGGCAGUGUUUUUGGAGGCCAGGCCCCAGAGGAAGACAAAGAGUGUGGAUGCUUUGAAGAAGUGUGAACAUGAUCCACACGUCUUGCUCGCUGUAGCCAAGUUGUUCUGGAGUGAGCGUAAGAUCACCAAGUCUAGAGAGUGGUUCCUCAGGACCGUAAAGAUUGAGCCAGAUCUGGGGGAUGCUUGGGCUUUCUUCUACAAGUUUGAGCUGCAGCAUGGCACAGAGGAGCAGCAGGAAGAGGUGCGAAAACGCUGUGAGAAUGCAGAGCCCCGUCAUGGAGAGCUGUGGUGUGCCGAGUCCAAACAUGUACUAAACUGGCAGAAGAAGACAGGAGAGAUCUUAGCACAGGUAGCCAGCAAGAUCAAGAACACAUUCUGAGAGUGGGGAAAUUUGGACUGAAAACACCUGGAGGACUCUGGCAGUCACCAGUAUAGAAGUGAGCAGCUAUUGACAUGCUUAUUCUGUACCAGGACUUGCCCAUCUCUGGCAGAUUUAAAGUAUUUACACACGCCCUUACAUUUUUUUGUUGUUGUAUGUGUCAGGAGAAAGUAAUGAUUUGACGUCAAAGUGACGGAAUCUGUGGAUGUUUUUUAAAAAAAAUAAAAAAAAUCAAAGUGACUGAUGGUUACCCUCUUCAUCCUGAUAUGCAGUAAGGAGAUCUUUGGCUGCGAUGUGAGAUUUUUGUGGAUACGUUUUUGAUCUAUCUGUGUGUAUGGGGUUUCAAGGUGUGGCCUCAGCUAUUGUUGUGAUUUGGCUUCUUUGUUAAAAUCCUUGUCUUAUACUCUCCUAAAAGUGCUAGAAGAGUACCCUUAGGUGUCCUCUCGGAUUUCACAGCAUUUUUCUGUUAUUAUUUAAACCUCCUGAGUCAUGCUCUGCUUGAUGUUGACGAUCAGAGGUGGUGUGUUUUGUUUUGUUAAAACGUUGAAUUUUGUUUUGCUUCAGGUCCCACACGCCUUCUGGCAAAUAAUACAUUGUUUUCCCUUUGCAACUCUGCUGUGAAGAUGCAACCGAUGAAUCAUCUAGUAAGCAGCUGUCGCAUGUGUAUUGAAUAAUUAAAGAGAAAAACACCCA